AUGACCGGACUUCAUCCCUGCUGUGACCCAACAGCCCCGAGUACAAUAUGGGAGGGGAUGCCAACUGGGAGGAUUAUUGAAAUCGACGGAAUUGAGAUGUAUAUUUCUCAGCCACGGAUGCGCGAUAGAGAAUCCGAAUCGGAACUUUCAACUCUUGGUCCAGAAAGCUUCAAGGAGCACGAGCCGAAGCGUGUCAUUCUCUUCUUGACCGAAGGCCACGGCAUUUACCUCCCAAAUGCUCAGCUUUUGGCAGACUCCUUCGCUUCUCAUCUUGAUUGCGAUAUCAUCAUGCCAGAUCAGUUUGCAGGCCAAGCUCGUCUUGACAAGAACCAUCGACCCUUUUUCCCGCCUGGCAAAGAACCAGAGUUCGAGGCUUGGAAGCAGCGACAUGAACCCCCGGUGACGGACCCCUUGCUCGCUCUGGUGGUGAGAUAUAUCCGUGACCAGUAUGGACAGGAUGUGAAGAUAGGAGGAGUGGGAUAUUGCUUUGGUGGAAGAUAUGUCAUCCGGCUAAUGGGGGCGGGGUUCAUUGAUGUUGGGGUUGUCAAUCAUCCAUCCUUCUUCACUAUGGAGGAAGUGCAUUUGGUAACAAAAGGAAAACAGCUCGCAAUCUAUGCUGCUGAGGUGGAUGACAUUCUACCACCAGAGAAGAGGAGGCAGACGGAAGAUGUCUUGACAAAGACUGGAGCGACUUGGAUGAGUACUGUGUUUGGCGGGACAGAGCAUGGCUUCAGUGUGAGAGGUGAUUUGACGGUGAAAGAUGUGCGGUUGGCCAAAGAAUCUGCAUUCAAAGGGGCGGUAUCGUGGUUCAGAAAUUGGUUGAUCUGA